CACCAAAAAAGAAAAGAAGAAAGAAAAUCGCAGUCGGUGCCUUCCUUCCUCCCUCCCUCCCUCCCUCCCUCGUCUCCACUUCCUCUUCUCUACAUUCAUCCCAAUUUUUUCUCUAAAGAGAGGGGAGAGGAAGAUCGACGUGUGAAAUGUGUGCAUACUGAUUUUUCUGAAUCCUGGAAGUCUUGCUAAACCCACACUCUUCCUGCUCAUAAACCCUACCUUUUUCUCACUUUAGCAGCUUGAAUCCCAGUAGAUGGGAUCGGAGGGAGCUUUCUCCGCUCAGAAGCGGAGCUCCGGCGCCCUACCGACGGCCAACGCCGCCGUGAACGGAGGAGCGCGGGGCCGUGCCGCAGCUCUGCUGCCGCGGGGGCGGCAGAUGCACAAGACGUUCAACAACAUCAAGAUCACAAUCCUCUGCGGCUUCGUCACGAUUCUGGUGCUGCGAGGCACGAUUGGGCUCGGGAACCUCGUCUCCUCCGAAGCCGACGCGCAGAAUCAGCAUCUGACGGAGGAAACGGAUAAGAUCCUCGAUGGGAUCCGAUCCGACAAGGAUCCGAGCGACCCGGACGAGGCGCCUAUGCGAUAUCUCAGCCUCAAUGAUACCUUCAGCUUAGGGCCGAGGAUCAGCACUUGGAACGAAGAUCGCAAGGUAUGGCUUGAGGAAAAUCCCCAAUUUCCGAGUUAUGUUAAGGGAAAACCUAGGAUUCUGCUUGUGACUGGUUCGCAGCCGGCGCCUUGUGCCAAUGCGAUUGGUGAUCAUUACUUGCUGAAGGCUCUGAAAAACAAGAUUGAUUACUGUAGGAUUCAUGGAAUUGAGAUCCUGUAUAAUAUGGCUCAUUUGGAUAAGGAAAUGGCAGGGUUUUGGGCGAAAUUGCCUCUGCUGCGGCGAUUAAUGUUGUCGCAUCCGGAUGUGGAGUGGAUUUGGUGGAUGGAUAGUGAUGCUUUGUUUACAGAUAUGGUGUUUGAUAUUCCUAUUGCCAAGUAUAAGGAUUAUAACAUGGUCAUCCACGGCUUUCCUGAUUUGUUGUUCAAUCAGAAGUCAUGGAUUGCGUUGAAUACAGGAAGUUUCCUGUUCCGGAACUGCCAGUGGUCGUUGGAUUUGUUGGAUGCUUGGGCGCCUAUGGGACCCAAGGGCCCGAUGCGUGAUGAGGCUGGAAAGGUCUUGACGGCCUAUCUGAAGGGGCGUCCGGACUUUGAGGCGGAUGACCAGUCUGCUUUGAUAUACUUGUUGCUUUCGCAGAAGCAGUGGCUGAGCAAGGUGUUUGUGGAGAACUCAUUUUACUUGCACGGAUUUUGGGAGAGUGUGGUGGAUAGGUAUGAGGAGAUGAUUGAGAAGAACCACGCAGGAAUGGGAGAUGAGAGGUGGCCGCUUGUGACACAUUUUGUGGGCUGCAAGCCCUGUGCUAAGUUUGGGGAUUAUUCAGUGGAGAGGUGUUUGAGGGGUAUGGAGAGAGCUUUCAACUUCGCAGAUAAUCAAGUUCUCAACUUGUAUGGGUUUAGGCAUAAGGGAUUGGUUAGCCCAAAUCUUAAGCGGAUCAGGAAUGAAACUGCUGCUCCUUUGGUGAAUGUAGAUCAGUUUGAUAUUCGGCAUGCAGCUGCUCACCACACCACUGAACCUCGGAGCUAGCUAUCCCACCGGAACCUUUGAGAACAUCUUGCAGUUUAGAGCUUCCGUUCACAGGGGAUGGAUCAAAGACAUUGUGAGUUCAUGACCAUAGGGAGGUGGUGCUGGAUCUCAUCUUGAUGUACUGUUCUGUAAAGCACAUGGAGAGAAAAAACCUUUGUGAUAUUUUUUUGUUUUUGGGGGUGAUUAAAAUAGCUGUUGUUUAAGUUCUAGUUUUUUUCAUUGGUUUUAGGUUAAAGUUUGGGUUCUAAUUCGAUCACGUGUACUAGUAUUACACAUUAUGAAAUGUUUGUUAUAAAGAGAGAACAUUUAUUUAA